AUGGAGCAUGAUAUCGAGAGAGCUCUCCAAAGUGGUUAUCCCGUGAACAUGCGCGACAAACUCUUCACGCGAAAGGAGAAAGCCCUAGAAGCCCUAAAGGAUUCAGUACCAAAAGUCAAAGCCUACGAAAUUCCACAAUCCGAGAAAAACGACAAAAUUCAGUCAGCAAGGAACUGCAUCGAGCUAAAAACUGACGAAAAGUACGGUAGGCACAUAAUAGCCACCAGAGAUAUCAAAAUCGGCGAAAUCCUAGUCGUCGAAAAACCAUACGUAGUGGUACUGCAGCCCGAUCGCUUUUCUAAACCAUCCUGCUUUUGCUAUGGAUGCCUAGUGUUUUGCUAUAAUCCGAUACCAUGCACCAAGUGUCACAAACGUCUGUAUUGUAGCGAAACGUGCAGAGAAAAGGAUUUCCAAACUUACCACAAGCACGAAUGUUUAAUUUUGCCCUUCAUAGAUCAGUUCAUGUAUCUCACUGACUACUGGUUGCUUGCUCUAAAAAUCACGCUUGUGGCAAUGAAUGACGAAAACAACACAGAACCCGGUUAUCGUUCUGACAGAUAUAAAGAAGUUAAAGAAUUGCGGACUCACAGGGCUGAGUGUACGUUGGAGAAAAUGUAUCUAUUGUCUUUGUUCUCUACGAAACUUUUCGUUUUGUUAAGAGAAAAGUCUACGCUGUUCGAGGAGAUCAGUGGACGUGAGGAAAUUUUUAAAGAAUUAUAUUUCUGCAACCUGCUGAUGAGUAAGAUCAACUGUAUCGGAAUGGAGGAUUGGUACAGUCACAGUAAAUAUGAGAGUCCUAUGUAUGGAACUGGACUAUUUCCUCUAUUCAGCAUGUUCAAUCAUUCGUGUUAUCCUAACACCACGUGGACUUAUUGUGGAUCUACAAUGAUUAUUAGAGCUUAUUCGCCUAUUAAGAAAGGAGAACAAUGCUUCAUUUCCUACGGCAUCACUUUCUCGGAACAUGACCUAAAAUACCGACAAGAAAGACUUCAAUCGUUGUUCAAGUUUACUUGUACCUGCAAAGCUUGCAAGGAAAACUGGCCUGUUUUAACAUCCCGAGAGAUGGACUGGACCUUCAACGAAGAAAGUAUUACGAAGUUGAAGGAAAACAUAGAAGAACUUACCGACAAACAAGCAAUUCCACCUUCGGAAGAAACGUUACGCUUACGUUACAUCGUCAGGAAGAUUUUUGCGGCUUUGGACGAAAAGGGCCAAUUAGGGUGCGAUCCAACAAUAAAAUAAUGGUUGCUAGUAGAAAUCUCUCGUUACUUAUGUCUGUUGUGUAUUAGUGUUAGUACGUGGAACCAGCAAAAAAACGAUUUCAGGAAAAAGGACGACAAAAAAAUGUUCGUUUGUUGUUGAGUAUGUUCUUUUGUAACUCAUUUUUAAAAAAUUACGAGUAUCAAUCGUCUGUUUUGUUGUGUUGAUCAAAACUGGAAACACGUCCAUA